AUGGAGGAGGCGCCCAGUGGUGUAGUACGGGAGGACACAUUCAAACUAAUUUAUGCACAAUUCUUCCCGAAAGGUGCUGACACUAACCAAUACGCUCACUAUGUGUUCAAUACUUUUGACCCUGAUAAAACUGGUGCCAUCACUUUCACUGACUUUGUGAUAGGACUGUCAGUAUUGGCCAGGGGUACGGUUCAGGACAAACUUCGCUGGACAUUCAGUCUCUACGAUAUUAAUAACGACGGAAUGAUUACCAAAGACGAGUUGUCGCGUAUUAUUUCAGCCAUUUAUGAUUUGAUGGGAAAGUCAGUGGAGCCCAUGAUUGAAGAAAACACAUCUAGAGAUCACGUCGAGAGAGUGUUUCAAUUUUUAGUGUUUUCUUUGGCUUAA